ACCGAGACGAACUGUUUGCAAGGCUUCUCGGACGUGAUGGCGGACGUUGGAUGAGGUUAUGAUGUUGACGAGAGCAAGAUCGACGCCGGUCGCGCGUGGCAGGCUUCGCGCGUAGCUUGCGAGAAGGCCAGUCGGGACUCGGACAAUUCCGGUGCUCUUGCCUCCAGAGGUUAUAUACCGAGUAUUAUAAGGAACCCUUUCCCUUUCUCCAAUCGUCCGACAAGUCCCCGUUCUUCCAAGUUAUUCUAUGUUUUUCUCUUCAGACCUGCUCUCCAAGAGGGACAGCGGAUUCGGUCUUUUAUGGCUCGCUGCUACGCUGGGUUCCAAGUCUUCAUUCAGAAAAUUGCCAAAGCGUUCUGUCAUAUCCGCUGACAUCACUCAACUAUGUGACCUUAUCGCCACACCCGCCGAACCUCUGGCACUGCGCCUCUCAAGUAACCUGUUAGUAGGAGCCGCGCGCGUGUAUAGAGCCAAGCAAGAGAUCUAUAUCGCAGACCUCACGACGUGCUUCAAUUCUCUGAAGCGCCUAGUGGAAGAUUUCCGCUCGUCUGCAACGUCGGAGGCGCAGCUUCAGAUGGCUCAGCCCAGCGUGAAACCUUCCGCCGUCACUCUGCGUGUUGAUCCGAAUGCAGCGUUUUCACUUAAUCUGGAUAAUGUGGUCGUGAAUUGGGACGAAUAUUUGAACUUCCCAGUUCCCGACGUUUCGUCCGAUGACGACUAUGAUCCGAGAGCCCAGAAACAGAAGCGGAAAACAAAAGGUCGAAAUUCAGGUAUGCCGUCCUCGAGCGUUGCCGAGGCAGCCCGUGCAAACACGCAUACACUUGACGAAAGUCAUGAAUUCCUUUUUCCACACACGCUUGAUGGGUCCUCAUGUGGAAGUGCCGCGAUGAUCCCCUCCUCCAAAUUAGGCGGAUUUGGAUUUGACGACGCGUUUUUCGGCGCUUUCGAUGGCCUGGACAUUACCGAAGGUAUUGGAGACGACCUACUAAAGGAGUUAGGGGAGGGAUGGGGUAUCAGCCCUGCGAAGUCGAAAGCCGAAGAAAAAUCCUCCGUGCUCGAGGACUUUGGAUACGCCGCCGACAUGGACUAUGAGACGCACGACCCAAAUGUCGACAUGAUCGUGCAAGAUCCCUUGCAACCCGACGACGCUGCUACUUCCCGUCCAAACACACAUGAUCAACCAGUUGGAUUCCUUCCCACACCUACCAAUGUAUCUGUGCAAUCGCUCUACCCGAUCACCAACCAGCCUGAUGAAGUAGGUGCAAGCGAACCUUUAGAAGAGAAAGCUUGCCUUCCGAAGAGGAAUAAACGCCCGAGGUUGGUAUUUGACGCCCGAACAGAAUUAACCGACGCAGAGUUGAAGGUAAUUCGCAUGCAUUACGUGGAAAACCAGGGUACAAUCCGACGGGAGCUACAAAUCAAAAAAUUCGAGAGGGAACGUGCCAUUUUCAUCAACGAUCUGCUUUGGGGCGUCCCCGACAACGUGCAGGCUGAAGAACUUGUCGAAUUUUGGGUCAGUCAAUACAAAACAAGGAUUGAAGCCAGAUCAGGUUUGUUAUUCCCUGAUCUGGGUGCGCGAGGAGGGCACCUAUUCAAACGCUUGACCGUCGUUAUGCAGACAAGCAUCCUUCACUCGAUUACAUGAAAAAAGGAAUAGGCGAGCCAACCGCUCCCCCCGACCAAGUGAAUGUCGCACAGGGAAUCCCAAGUAUACCCAUGGUCACCGACGUCGAAUGGCCGGAUGCCGAUCUAACUGCAGUCUUCGAAACGAACGAGUUGGACAUUGCAUUCGAUUAUGGGACCGAGAUACAUGCCGACGAGUGCGUGGAAUCUAGCAAGUUGC